AAGAAAAAAAAAAUAUCCGAGAAAAAACUGUAAGUGCGACUUCGAGUAGGUUUCUGGUAAAAUCGAAAGUGCUACUUUUGAUCUAUAAAAGUUUAAUAACACUGGAUGGACUGAACCAUUUCAAAGUAGUUGGUCAAUGAGUGCUAGUCGAAUCGUUUGUUGUUAAUUCUAUUCCAAUAAAAAGUGAAACGAAAUUGGCGAACCAACAUAAUAUGAGAACAGUGUUGUUUUGUUGUUGAAUUUGGUGUGAUAUAAUAACAUUCGAAAGAAACAAACCAUAAGAAGUCAACGAACGGCCGGAGAAGACGCAACGGAUGAAAAUGUGGUUGUUUAAAAUUAUUUUGGUUGCACUAACAUUAAUCCUAAAUGUUUUUGCAAUUUCCGUACAAAUUAGUCAGCCUACCGCUGUUACAUCAAAAACAUCCGAUAUCGCUACACACUUCCAACCACCGCCAGAAACUCACAGCCAGCAUAAUGAAAGAACGGACAGUGAGCCCAAUUACUACGCGCUGAGACAACCAAAGAUCUUGUUACAAAUUCCGCAAGUCUUGCCGAAUGAUCAAGAAUAUGAUUUCUACUUUCCACAACCGGUAGAUGCUAAUGUUAAGUACGAUCCUAAACACUCAUAUCUUCAAGAGAUGCAACCACCUCCAGUAGAACAGGAACCAAAUUAUUAUGUAGAGAAACCAAAGAAGGGAACAAAGAAAUAUUCACCUGACAAGAAACAUGUGAACUACAAAAAUCCGGACAACACUGAAAAAGCUAAGAAAAGUUCAGUUACACUAGACAGCUUUCCGGUCAAAGAAUACUCGUAUGAAGACUACAUCAAUCUGGGAAGUUCCACAAACUAUGUGACUCGACGACCGGAAAGACUCACACCACUAUCAUCAAUGAAAGUAUUGAGACAAGAUGAUUUAAACACUGGCGAAUAUUUCCCAAAAGAAAAUCAGAAAAAUGUUCAAUCACGUGCGAGUGUCGCUGAAACGUCGCAGUAUCCAGAAAAAGAUGAAAGAGUCAACUUCCAAAUGCACGGAUUCAAUGGACCUAAUAGCUAUAAAUUUGGAUACGACACGGGGAGAAUCGACAAUUCAGAGUUGAACAAAGAGAUAAAGACGGAAACGUAGAAGGACAGUACGGAUUUUACGAUAAGCGAGGAAAAUUUAACAUUAUUAAGUAUACGUCGAAAUUGAAUGAAGGCUUUAAAGCAGAGAAAGCGCAAAUUGUUUAAGAAAAUAAAAUGAUUUUCCGUUGUUA